AUGAAUCUUGGAACGUUGGAUUUGCAAAGGGUUAAUCACUCGCGACCUCAGUUGCAACAGGUGCAAGCUUCAGAUUUACUUAGCGGUGUGGAUGUGCGGUACGGAGAAAAUACACCGUCACUUACAUCGAGUAGUUCGGAUGCAGCUACGGUAACACGGUGGGCGACCCCUCCAUCUCGUUUUCGUACUCCGGAAAGAAGUUACGAGAAUCCGGGAGAUUCGACAGAGGUUCCUUUGAUUAGUGCUAGUAAUUGGGAGGCUUCUCAUCAUCGAUACAAUAGUAAUAUGGUUCGGUUUGACGAACAGCAGAUUAGGAAUAUGGAAGCCGAAGCUUUGGAGAGACCGAGAAGGAUGUCAGAUCCGGCUGAGGAUGAAAGUCCACCGACUCCCAAUAAUGACGAUACGCCAUUUAUUAGAUUUGCGAUCGAUCAAUUGACGAGAGACGAAGAGGCGAGGCGAGAGGCAAGGAGAGUUCAACAAUUAGAGGAGGGCCAACAGCCGACUAAUUCGCAGAGUUCAGAGGAGUAUCCAGUGGAGAGAAUCAUUCCAGAUGAAAAUCGAUAUAUUCCCCAACGACCAACGAGAGCAGAACUCGCACUCAUAAGGAAACAUCGCUCUACACCCGGACCGGGACGAUUAUUUGGUUUUAAUGCCACACGACCUUUAUCAACUCCACCUACCCAAAACGAGAGCAGAAUACCUAUAAUAGCGCCUCAACCGCCUCAUAACGAUAACGACGCCGAAAUAUUUAUCCCAACGCAACCUUCACAAAAUACCAAACGAUACCCAGAGCUAAAUUUCUUACCCACGAUAUUACGACCUUUUUCUUUGCUUGCGAUCAUUACAUUAUGUCUUCUUAUGACUGCAGCGAUUAUGUUUUGCGCGAUAUACUCCAAUUAUCAUGACGGCCUUUAUGCAUGGAAUACAGGUGUUUAUGGUGGUAGAUAUUUUAUAUUUGGUUUUCUACCACAGAUGUUGGCGGCGUGCAUAUUUGUAUAUGUUCAGAAUAUGAUGGCUGCGAUUACGAGAAUUAUGCCCUAUACUUUAAUGGCAAUGGAAGAUGCAGAGCCCAGAACUAACGCGUUGUUUUUGGACGCUUUUCCAAGACAUAUGCUUUGGCCGAGAUGGGAUGGUCCUAUGAUGAUUGAUAUUGGGGAAUCAUGUUUAUGGUUAUCGGUUUUCACGAUUCCUUUGCAGGGAUGUUUGUUCUCUGUGGUAUUGGUUAAUAGACAUUGGAAAUGGACAGCUGUUCAGGGGAUUGCGUGGACUUUGGUGGCAGUUUACAUAUCGAUGUGUAUGGGAUUGGUUCUCAUCGGAGCCUUUUUCUUCCGUCGAACAACUGGAUUGUUGUGGGAUCCUCGAUCAUUGGCUGAUCUCAUCGCGCUAUUACCACGGAGCAACAGCCUUAGAGAUUACCCAGGUACAGAGACCAUGAAAUCGAAAAAGGAGAUCAGAACUAAGCUUGCGGAUCGAAGUGAUCGAUUGGGGUAUUGGAAAACACCUAGUCCGGCACAGGGGAUUUUCUAUUCGAUUGGAGAAACAGGCGCACCGAUAAGACGAUACACGCUGGAAGGUGGAAAAGUCGAGAGGAAAAUUAGCUUUGGUAGUGGUGCCUCUGAUUUAGAAGAAAGUCGCCCAUGCCUCCACGACACUGCCACUCGAUUUCGUUACAUACCAUGGUUCCUGAGAGAUACAUUCGUGGCUGUGUGGUGUGUCACAGCGUUUUUCCUUUUGUUAGCAUUGAUCAUCAUAUCAUUUCUUCCUUCGACUGCAAUCCACAAUGGAUUCUUACCAUUGGUCGUUGCCACUCCGAACGGUUCUGGAUACUCUGCAGCGAACUUCUUGUAUAGCUUCAUCCCAUCUUUACUUGGGAUGAUUCUCUAUCUUCUGUUCCAACCACUGGAUAUGGCUUUCCGAAAGCUACAACCUUGGGCAGAACUAGCGAAUCCAGAUGGUGUUUCGGCGGAAAAAUCACUUCUUCUCGACUACACAGCUGCACUACCAUUUCAAUGCACUUUGAACGCCCUCGGAAAUGGUCACUACCGCGUAGCCUGGCUCUCCCUGUCCUCCUUCCUCUUCAUCAUCCUGCCCAUCCUCGCCGGCGGCAUAUUUUUCCCCCUGACCAUUAACUCGGGCGAAGUCCGCAUGCUUCCCAACCUUCCUUCCUUCUACAUCUGUCUUGCAUUCCUCAUCAUCUACUUCCUCACUCUCCUCCUCCUUUUUCCAAAGAGACGAGCGAUGCAUUUACCGCAUCCAGUGGACUGCCUAGCUGAAUUAAUCAGCUUUUUGUAUUCGAGUCAUGUACUCGAUGAUGCGGCCUUUAGCGCUCCAAGGUCCAAAAUCGAUCUAGUAACGAGAUUGGUGAGCACUUCGUCGCAUUUUAAGGGGGACGGCGCAGUCUAUGCGUUUGGGGUUGGGACGGGUAGGGGUGGGAAUGAAGUUCUGGGGUUGGAGAGAUUGGGCAGGAGAGGAGGGGAUCAAGUUAUGGUUUUGGGUUGA